AUGCCAAAAAGAAGUAGAUCACCAGAUUCGUCUGACUCUACGGAUUCAGAAGAGGAAGUAAGACGUCAAAUUCGAAGAUUAAAACGAUACUUACGAAAUGAAAAGAAAAAUAGAGGGGCGUCGCCAUUACUGGAGCCUCUGGAGGAUGAAAACAAAGAAAACGACUAUGAUUCAGUCUAUUCCGAGCAAACCCUCGGUAAUAAAUCUCAAGAUGAAUCAUUGAUAGAAGAAAAGGAGGAGGAGCCGCCUUUGGAGGAAAAUAUAUUAAAAAUUAUUGGGUUAGAUCCAUCAACAAAAAAGACAGAGUGCACUAUUCAUAAAUCUUUAGCUGAUGUAUGGAAGUUAAUUCUACAGGAUGGUUUGGCCAAAGAUCAGUUGGAAGAAUUACUUCUUAAAUACCAGGCCUUUUCAAACUGUCCAUUGAUGCAACCACCCAGGGUUAAUCCAGAAAUAAAAGCUUCAGUAAGUGAAUCGUCUUUAACCCGAGACUCACGCCUGUUAGCCAUUCAGAAUCGUCUUUGCUCAGCUUUGUCUUCUAUAGGCAGUGCUUUAUCUAUCCUCUUUUCAGAGGAGUUAGAAGAACCCAAAUGUACAGUAAUAAAACUAAUUAGUGAUGCUGCAAAAUUAAUUGCAGAUGUUCAUUAUGAACAAUCUCAGGCAAGGCGUGGAUUGUUAAAGGGUGUUCUUAAUAAAGAAAUGGCUGACACAUUAGUUGAAUCCUCAAUGGAUGGCUGGUUGUUUGGGAAUAAUUUAACUGAACGUAUUAAAGCAGCGAAGCUUUUAGCUAAAACAUCAGAGGAUUUAAAACUGACUAAAAAACCUAAAACAUCGUCAAAAUUUUCAAACAAAAAAGUACUGCAACCACAACAUUUAAACUACAAGCGUCUUCCUCGUCAACAUUAUCAGCAGGCUCGACAAGGGGGACAGAAAACAGGCCAACAUUACAGUCAAUCGAGAAGCAAGUUGAAUUCCAGGAGCAACCACCAACCUCUGAACAACCGAUACAAUUAUCGUCAGAAAUAA